GUCAACAUUUGUAUGACGUCAUCUAUCAUCAAUGAUAUUGAUCAUGUCGUCACGUCAGCCACCAAUUAUUUUGGCUUUAUUUUAACUGUAUUCAAGGAAAAAUAUGUAGUAAAGUUUUAAUUUAUGUCCUUAAGUAUCAAACAUUCCUUUUUACAUAUAUUGUGGGACUUAGAUUUAAGAUUUAAAGAUGAUGCAGUUUAUGUUAUUGUUCAGCCGGCAGGGCAAACUAAGACUGCAGAAAUGGUACGUGGCGCACCCAGACAAACUGAAGAAGAAGAUCACACGUGAACUUAUAACCACUGUGCUGGCCAGGAAGCCUAAGAUGUGUUCGUUCUUGGAGUGGAAAGACGUCAAAAUAGUUUACAAAAGAUAUGCGUCCCUAUACUUCUGUUGUGCGAUGGAGCAGGAAGACAAUGAGCUGUUGACCUUGGAGCUCAUACAUCGCUAUGUGGAACUACUGGACAAAUACUUUGGCAGUGUAUGUGAGCUGGAUAUAAUCUUCAACUUUGAGAAGGCAUACUUUAUUCUGGACGAGUUGGUGCUUGGUGGUGAGCUGCAAGAGACCAGCAAAAAGAAUGUCCUGAAGGCCAUUGCUGCACAGGAUCUACUCCAAGAGGACGAGACAGUGGACGCGGCGCUACGGGAGGUGGGGCUCCUCUAGACACGGCGAGCCGGCGACGACGCGCACCCACUGCAAAUUACCACCGUGCUAACAAAACGAAGUUCUAAGACAACAACAUCUGUCGCCUCGCCUAUUCCUAAAAAAACACCAUUUGCCAUAAUCCUAUUUUUAAUAUCACUAUUAUAUGUCUACAACAUAUUCAUUUUAGAAUUUUUAUAGACUGUCAUUAUCAGUCGUACAUUUUUAGAUAGAAAUAACAUUUAAUAAUGAUCGUGUAGAUUUUCUACUGUAGUUAUUUGGCGACUGAUACUUAAGAUUGGUUUUAAAUUAUCACUACAUUAACCAUUUAAAUAUAUUGGUAAGUAUUUUAUAUAAAUGUAUUGACGGAAUUGUUUCUGCAGGCCAAAGUGGACCAAGACGAAAUAUUAUUUUAUAAAUUCUUAAUCGAAUGUAUUUUAUAGAAGUAAGUUGACUACUUCGGAGUUUCUCUUAACUAGUUGUAAAAUUAAUUGUUCAUUAGACUUAAUGUUUGUGUUCGUUUUUUUUUAUUUUAAUGUUCGUCCAUAUUAUUUACGUGGUCCGUUAAACUAUUAUAAUUUUAUCGAUUGUUGAAAAACAAAUUAUUAUUUAAAUAAGUUA